AAUCGCUGAAAAUUUCGAUCAUCCGCCCCAAAAUAAAGCAGAUAUUGCACGCGUAUAACUAAACAAAGCCUCAGCAAAGUGUUUUAAUUCAUAUUUUCUCGAAAAGUGCUAAUUUUCGUACAAUAAAAACAUGUCUGAAGGAACAGCGACGAUACGCACUCGCAAAUUCAUGACCAACAGAUUGUUGGCCAGGAAACAAAUGGUUGUGGAUGUGCUGCAUCCCGGCCAACCGUCGGUGAAGAAAACCGACAUCCGUGAGAAGCUCGCAAAAAUGUACAAAGUCACUCCCGAUGUCGUAUUCUCCUUCGGUUUCCGCACGAACUUUGGCGGUGGCAAGUCCACUGGAUUUGCUUUAAUCUAUGACACAUUAGAUUUCGCCAAGAAAUUCGAACCCAAACACAGACUCGCCCGCCAUGGUCUUUUCGAAAAGAAGCAGCAGACAAGGAAGCAGCGCAAAGAACGCAAAAACAGGAUGAAGAAAGUCCGAGGCACCAAGAAGAGCAAAGUUGGUGCUGCUUCUAAGAAGAAGUAAAUGGGCGACUCUUAAAAUUCCUACCUUUCAUAGUAAAUAUGAAAGCAAAUUAAAUGGACGGAACCACGGGUACAUCUUUGGGUUCAUGAUAAAACAGCCAGCGUCCAAGAUUCACCAUCUUAAAUUAAUAUUUUGUUACUAUUAAGUCGUAAUAAACAAAAGGAAGAAA